GAGCUCCGGCGAGACGUGCGCGCCGCCGGCGAAGACGAGCUCCCCGGUGAAUGAUUUCUCCCAGCAGCCCCCGCGCCGGCCGCUUCCUCCCUGGGCUCCCGGACUGGACAUGGCGUUCACGUUCGCGGCCUUCUGCUACAUGCUGGCCCUGCUGCUGACCGCGGCGCUCAUCUUCUUCGCCAUCUGGCAUAUAAUUGCGUUUGAUGAAUUGAAAACAGACUACAAAAAUCCUAUAGACCAGUGUAACACGCUCAACCCGCUUGUGCUCCCGGAGUACCUCAUCCAUGCGUUCUUCUGUGUCAUGUUUCUGUGUGCGGCGGAAUGGCUCACGCUCAGUUUAAACAUGCCGCUUCUGGCUUACCAUAUUUGGAGAUAUAUGAGCAGACCUGUAAUGAGUGGGCCAGGUCUUUAUGACCCCACAACCAUCAUGAAUGCAGAUGUCCUGGCAUAUUGUCAAAAGGAAGGAUGGUGUAAACUAGCUUUCUAUCUGCUGUCCUUUUUCUACUAUCUUUAUGGCAUGAUCUAUGUAUUGGUAAGCUCCUAAGGAGAUGCCCCUGAAGACGCAGGUUCCAGUUAAUUGCAUGCAAACUAUACACACACAGCAUUUGAUCCGACAGAUACUGCCGCAACAGCCAGUUACGACCCAAGACCACGUAUACUGGAGCUGGGGAAACGUGGCUACCCAAUUGUUAAUGGAGAGAUGCAGUUUGUGUCUGCAGGAAGAUUUGUUGUUUCCAACUUACACGAAGACUAGGAAAUUUGUGUAUAUUUAUCAUUCUUUCAGUUUGUACCCAUUUCUACAAAACUUAUUUGCCGCUAUUUCUUCAAUAUAUACAGUCUAUAUACCAUUAUAUUUUUUUGCUUUUGCAAAACAUCUUGCAGCACUGUUCAUAUAACUGCCAUAGAUAGUUCUGGUUCAUUUAAGUGCUCAGCCUAUGAAUCUGUCAUUCGCAGUAAACGUUUAGCGAUCUCUAUAGAAUCCCCUUUUAUUUUUACCGUACGUUUGGUUGUGUAAUUUCCGUGGAAUAUUCUCUCUUCUGUCUUUAUUUUGAUUUUACAAUUCGCUCAAAACGAGCCUUUUGCAGAUGCAGUUGUUGGGCUGUCGUUUCAUGCAAUGGGCUAUCUGAGGCUGGUUACCAAGCUCACGGGCCGGGCAGUACACACGCCUAUGACUGUGUUAACUAACAGAAAUAGAAUUUGAUGGCAGAUAAGAACCACUUGGCCCAUCUAAUCUUGCCCCCAUAAUGCUCCCAUCGUUGCCGCUGAGGUACCUUUUUGUAAUUUGAGUUCUUUUUCAGCGCAGCAAUUCUUGAGGAGGUUUUACCUUUUUGCGUAUGAGUAGAAGAAAACAAAUGUAAUUUAUAAAAUGUAAGCAUAUGUAUAUAACCAACCAAUAAGCAUUCAGACCUGACUUGUGUGUGUGUGUUGAUUGUCAUUCAGUUGUGUUGCAUAAGUCACAGAGAAUAACAUUCCAUCUGCUCUUCUCUUUGAAUACAUUUUUGGUGCUGCUGUGAAUUCACUAUUUUGUAUAAUCAUCUUUAUAUAGAACACUAUGUGCAUGGCUCACAUUUCCUUUUAUUCAAUUCCGAACACCCCAAAUGCCUUUAUUGUAGAUCUGGAGAAUACAACAAUGCAAUAUAAACUACCAAUAAAAGGCAAGAGGUGACAUCCUCAACAGAU